GUCGAAGACAGUGUACGAUAGACGUGUGUUCUUUACAACUGAUUGUGGUUUUCGUGUGAUGUGAUGUUGGUACGUCCGAUGUACUGUGAAGUGAAGUGAUCACUGUAUUGAAAAGAAGCAUUCAUGAUUCAGGAAUCGCAUUCGAGUAGUUCAGAACGAUGGAGUGGGCGUGGGCCAGAACACAAUAUGGCGUUGCAACAGAUACUUAAGCUUCAAGAAGCCAGAGCUCUUCAUAAAACAUCCUUAUUACCGAUUUAUAAGAAAAAUGACUUACACUCUCCACAUUCAGCAAGUGAAACACAGGAGAGACCAAUAAAAGAUACUCGAAUAGUUGAGCAAAUGAAGCUCGAAACAGAAUUUCGAAAACUUAUGGAAAGAUCUGGAUCUGAUCGGAAUGAUGAAUCUAUGCAAUAUUUUCAGCAUAUGAUGGAAAUGAAACAGAAUUUGGACUACUUAAGUAGUAUCCAGAGGAGGGAUACUAAAUAUUUCUUUGAUAAUGAUUCGAAAGAUGUGAAAAAGGAAGCUAUCUCCCCAAUAGCUUAUCCAUAUUCUCCUGAAACUAAUCUAUCACCUAAAAGAAGAUCACCUACCGCAACAUCCCCUGAGCUUAACGGUAGACCGCAUAAUAACCAUUCAGCACCCUCGAGCCCCAUGUCAACGAUAGCGAGUCCUGUUACUUCAUCACCUUUGAAUCAUUUACAGAACAUGCAACCAUUCGAUUUUAGAAAACAGAAGAAAAAUGAACCAACCUCAGUUGAUAGUAUUGUAAAUCACAGAGAAAGAAAGCAUUAUGAUACCAGCAUAGCAGAGAAAGCUAGUGUGGAUUUAAUGAGAAGACAAUUAUUUAAUUUUACACUUCCAUCAAAUUUACCUCUUCCCAAUAUGCCAAUGCCGUCGUCAUUUUCUCAUCCUGCAGCAAUGGUAGCAGCUUUGAGUCAAAACCCCAUGGGUCUUGCAUCAUUACAUGCAUUGUUGCCUCAAAUGUCAAAGAAACCGGUAGAAUGUAAUGAUACUAUGUCAGUAAAUACAGCCAAAGAACAAUCUGAUGAUGAAAAUGUUCUUAACUUAAGCAAAGAUGCUUAUGAAGGACAGCAACACAGAGAUAUUGUGAAUGGAAAGUGUUUAAGUCCACAAAAAAGACAUUGGGGGGCAUCUCAUAUGCCCUUAAAUUUAGGAACACAUUUCAUAAAUCCCGCAACAGGUAAGAAAAGAGUUCAGUGUAAUGUGUGUCUUAAAACCUUUUGUGAUAAGGGUGCAUUAAAAAUUCAUUUCUCAGCUGUCCAUCUUCGUGAAAUGCAUAAAUGUACCGUUGAAGGUUGUAGUAUGAUGUUCAGUUCAAGAAGAUCUAGAAAUAGACACAGUGCAAACCCAAAUCCUAAGUUACAUUCACCACAUUUAAGACGUAAAAUUUCUCCUCAUGAUGGAAGAAGUGCGCAAUCUCACCCUGUGUUGAUAUCGCCUCAUUCGGCUGGUUUAAGUCUUCCACCAGUCUUGAAUCCAAUGCACACAUUUGGGUCUUACCCUUUGAUGGAUUCCUCACAUAAUAUGAGACAUCUGCAAGCGCAAAUGGCAUUGGAUUAUAAAAAUAAUAUGAAUAUGAACUACACAUCUACAUUGGAACAAAGCCAUAUGAUGCGACGUGAAUCCAGUUCUGUCGAGACUAAAGAUCAUGAUGGCCAACCUGAGUCUGAUGAAGACGAUGGUAUAGUUGUUGUUGCUGGUGAAGAUGAGGAUGAUGAACAUUAUCACAAUGUUGACUCCAAUGACUAUUUCUCUAACAUAAAUAAAUGUAAUACAUCUAUUGAAGAUUCUGAAACAGAAUAUGACCAAAGGAGCAACAGUGAUAAUAACGAAAGUUUGGAAGGAAAGAAGAAUGAGAUUAUCAGUCCCGAAAUUUUGAAAAGAAAACGUAAGAAUUUAAAUCCAACUAGACUACAUAAUAAUUCUAUAAGUGAAGAAACACAUAAAGAUAAUCAAAUAACAAAUAUUCAGACUGAUGAUAGUGGAGCUUUAAAUUUAAAGCGCACAAAACUGGAAGGAAGUACAAUAAUUGAGAACGCACACUUAGAAAAAAUUGAUAUCAAACAAAACGCGAUAUCUACAUUUCCAAAAAUAAAAGAAGAGAUUGUUUACCAAGAUAUUCCUCCUAGUGACAACAUAAAAAUAAAAGAAGAAACAGAAGAAAAUGAAAAUCGUAAAACAACCUAUUCGCCCACACAAUUUACAUCAGAGAACUCAUUGAAGAAAUUAGAAAACUUAUCCAAAGGCAACUUUCCGCAUCUUAUCUCGCAUAAGAAACCCGAUACGCAAAAUAUAACGGGGCCUUACAACCUUUGUGUAAACGAGUUCACUGAUUUCUCCGAUAGGUCCCCAACCUCCUCAGUAUCGAGUUAUGAUAACAAUCCAGACGAAACUCGAGGUCAAAUAUAUGGACACUUUGAGGAAGGUUUUUUCAUCACAACUACGGAUGUGCCAAUCGAUACUGAUAAUCCAUUAAAAUGCAAAGUCUGUGAAAAAAUAUUCCAAAACAUCUUCAUUAUAAAAACACACUAUCAAAAUGUUCAUUUGAAAGUUAUGUAUAAGUGUACACAUGAAGGUUGCAGAGCUGCUUUUACAACACGAAGAGUAAGAGAUAAACACAGCGUUAAUACAAGCUUACAUAAAAAAAUUGUUAACGAUAGACCUGAAGAUGAUUACAGAAUUCUUGAGCUAGCUCGUGAGCAAGUAGAACAAAUUGCAAAACAUGUAGAAGACGACCGUCCUGUACCCUACGUGGAGUCUUCUAAAUAUUACAGGAUAAGAGACAGUGUAAAACCCAAGAAUUCUUUGAGCCACUUUCCCCUCUCCGCGUCAUUUCCACCAUUAUUACCAGACACAUACUUAAAUGGUCGUGACAUGUUAAAUCAACACCCAUUUCUAUUUGCACCAUUUGGCAUGCUCCCAAAUUUCCCACCUCUGCCGUUUAAUUUUCUACAUCCAAAUGCAUUCGGCUGCCAGAAUCAAAAUUAUUCACCGAACGUGCCAAAAGUGAAUUAUUUCGUCGAAGAAGAGUUACCGAGGCCAAAUAAGGAUGGUUACUAUCCAUGUCGAGGCUGUCGAGAGAAUUUCAAGGAUCUGCUUAAUCUAAAAACCCACUGCGAAACGGCCCAUGCGCAAUUAUUGCAUCGGUGUUCGAUUAACGGUUGUAACGCCGGUUUCUUCUCUAGAACUAGAAGAAACAUCCACUCGGAGGCUCACUAUUCUUCACAAAGAUCCAGCAAAGUGGUUUCAUGACGAUAAAACUUUUGUAAAAUGUUAGUUUUGUAUAUAUACAAUUAGGAAUAUAUUGGACGAAAGUCUGACAUAUCUAAAUAAUAAUAUGACUGAUGAACUGGUACAUAACAAAAUAAUAAAUAAAAACUAUUUGUAAAUAUUUUAUUAAUUGUAGUAAGUUUCAAUUUUAUCAUUGUAGUGACUUAAAUGUAAAAGGCAGUCAAAGAGCUGACAUCUUUUAGACAUUAUCUUGUCGUCUCAUUCCCAAAGAGAUGGACAAUGUCGUGAAAGCAUAAAUUAUCAGUAGUACUAGGCACUAGGUUCAAUGUCCUUCUAUGCUGUUUCUGCACGUCCGCUUUAUUACGUGCUCGUUUGUUCAUUCGUAGUCUUAAGUGAAAUCUUAAAAUAUAUAUAUAUCUAAUUGGACUUCUUAACAUUCCAUAAUAGUGCAAUAAAUGUAUCUUAAUAUGUAAUAGUUUGUAUAUAGCCAUUUCCGAUUUCUAUAAAUAUUUAUCAAAUGAUUUGGUGCUAAUUACCCAUACUAAGUUAAGCAUCAAUAGCUGUGUAAUGUAUUAUAUAUGUAAUUAUAGUUAAGUACCAAAAAGUAUUAUAGUUAUUGUGAGAUUUGAAAAUGUAAAUAGUUUAAAGCAAAGAUCAUCUUAAAACGACUGAGUGAAUUUUACCAACGCAUUGCAUUUAAAAGAACAAGUUUCAUUGCUACUUUUUUGUUUUCCCCCUUUUUUUCCCAACCUUCUUGCUAAAAUGUAUGAAAAUAAUGAUAGUCGACACAUGACGAUUAUCAUAUUGUUAUUUUUAUAGAUUUUAGAGUUUUGUUUUCGACUUCCGUGGCGUUACUUUGAUUUUUCUACUGAUUCAAAGUUGUCUUGACAAGCUCUUCUGAUUCUUGUACAUUAAUUGUUCUUUAUUUUUCUCUAUGAUGUUAAUUUUUUUCCGUAAUUUUGUACUAAUAAUUUUAUGUCGUUCCAGUGAUGUCGUUUUAAGCUAUCUUUACGGUAUUUGGGUUGUUACCCCAAUUAUGUUACUUGACUUGCCAAACAUAAUAUUGCAAUAAAUAAUUACAAAAAG